AUGGCAAAUGAGGGAGGUGGAGCACUAGCAAUUGGUAUCGACUUGGGCACCACAUACUCAUGUGUUGCUAUAUGGAAACAUGAUCGAAUAGAGAUCAUAACAAAUGAUCAAGGAAAUCGAACAACACCAUCUUGUGUUGCUUUCACUAAUACUGAACAGCUCGUUGGAGAUGGUGCCAAGAAUCAAAUUGCAAAGAACCCUGCUAAUACUUUAUUCAAUGUCAAGAGGCUGAUCGACAGGAGAUUCAGUGAAGCCAUGGUGCAGGAUGACAUAAAGGUGUUGCCAUAUAGUGUCACACCCCCAAACCAGACGGCAGAAACGUCCGGGGGUGUAGGACUUCAUUUGUAG